AAUAUUUAUAUAUAUACACAUAACCCAUCAAAAAAAGGACGAGAAGGGUAUUAAAAAGUAUUUGGAGUCUAGCAAUGAAAAUGAAGCAGGUAAUACUAUUAUCCUGAUCUUUAAAAGAAAAAAAGAAAAAAAGAAAAAAAGAAAAAAAAAACCUCAGUUCUAUUACUCUGUUGCAUGGAAAGUUUCACUGAUUCAUUCAAAGACUGCAAAAGUUUUUUGAGUGGAAAAAAGGAAGACAGAGAGCAAAAAAAGAGAUUCCACAAUUGGGAAUCUAAUCUGAUGCUGUUUGAUUGGGUUUUCUAUUAGACAGAGACAGUGAUUAUACCUUUUUGGCGCCUGAGAGUGUCUUAGAAAUUAAUUGAAGAAGAUUAAGUUGUUGUUGCUGUUGUCAUACUUGUUGUUGUUGUUGUUGUUGGGCUGUUCCAUUUCUGGGUUUUGUCCGAAUCAGAGGCUUGGACUGAAAGACUGAAGCUUUUUUCAAAUCUGGAUCUUACCUGGAAGACGAACAAGUAUUCAAAGAAGCUGAUCUUGUAGCGUGGAAGAAUUGGACUUUUUUUUUUUUUUUUUUUUUGGCUUUUCACUGCAACAUUUGUAAUAUUCCUAUUGCAUCUAACAAAAGGUAAAAUUUUAGAAAAAGAAAGGGAAUUUUAGCGAUUCUUACAAAAUAUACUUAGAAUUUAAUGCAGUGGGCUUGUAUUUGUUUAACUAAUUGUGGAUCUUUUUUUAUUUCUUUUUUUGUUUGUUGGGUUUAGUUAGAGCAUUUACUGAAGCAGAAUCAACUUGCGGAAAAAAAAAAAAAAAGGGGGGGGAAAAAAAAAAAAGCGGCUUUGUCGAGGAUGUUCAUCGUCAUCUUCAUGAAUUAGAAGUAAAAGAGGCUUUUUUGUUAUUAUUGCUGUGGAAGAACCAACAACGACGACAACAAAAUCACAACCGUAAAAGAGAAAAAGGAGAGCUUCUGAGAUGAAGGAAGCAGAAAAAAGCUUGGAUCCGCAGCUAUGGCACGCAUGUGCAGGAGGGAUGGUUCACAUGCCUCCGGUGAACUCCAAAGUCUUCUACUUCCCUCAAGGCCACGCCGAGCACGCCCAGACAAACGUAGAUUUCUCCUCCGCCGCCCCCCACCGUAUUCCGGCGCUCAUUCUCUGCCGUGUCGCCGCCGUGAAAUUCAUGGCGGACCCAGAAACCGACGAGGUCUUCUCCAAGAUAAAGCUGGUUCCUCUGGGAAACAACGAGCUCAAUUGCGAAGUCGGACUCGGCGUCGGCGUUGGCGGAGAUGGAGUUUUGGGUGCUGGUGGUGGUUCCGACGAAAACCCCGAAAAACCAGCUUCUUUCGCGAAGACACUGACCCAAUCCGACGCCAACAAUGGUGGGGGUUUCUCCGUUCCCAGAUACUGCGCGGAGACGAUCUUCCCGCGUUUGGAUUACUCCGCCGACCCUCCGGUCCAGACCGUCAUAGCCAAGGACGUCCACGGUGAAAUCUGGAAGUUCAGGCACAUUUACCGAGGAACACCCCGCCGACAUUUGCUGACCACCGGCUGGAGCACCUUCGUCAACCAGAAGAAACUCGUCGCCGGCGAUUCCAUCGUCUUCCUCAGGGCCGAUAAUGGUGAUCUCUGCGUCGGGAUUAGGCGGGCCAAGAGAGGUAUCGUCGGCGCCGGCGGCGGUGGUGGGCCGGAAUCCCUAUCUCCUUCCGGUUGGAAACGGAAUCCCGGAAGCUGCGUUUCGUCAUAUGGUGGAUUCUCUAUGCUGUUGAGGGAGGAAGAGAACAAGCUGAUGAUGAGGAAUGGGUGUGGGAAUUCGAUCCCCGGUGGCGGCAGGGUGAGGCCUGAAGCUGUUGUGGAGGCUGCGGCUAUGGCGGCGAAAGGGCAGCCGUUCGAGGUGGUGUACUAUCCGAGAGCAAGUACUCCGGAGUUCUGUGUUAAGGCCUCGGCGGUGAGAGCGGCAAUGAGGAUCCAGUGGUGCUCUGGGAUGAGGUUCAAGAUGGCAUUUGAAACUGAGGAUUCCUCCAGGAUUAGCUGGUUCAUGGGAACCGUAGCCUCUGUUCAGGUUGCUGAUCCAAUCCGCUGGCCUAAUUCUCCAUGGCGGCUUCUUCAGGUGACAUGGGAUGAACCAGACUUGCUACAAAACGUAAAGCGUGUAAGCCCAUGGUUGAUUGAAUUGGUAUCUAACAUGCCCCUUGUCCACUUGUCAUCUCUUUCACCACCACGAAAGAAGUUGCGGCUCCUGCAACACCCAGACUUUACUCUCGAUGGUCAAUUCACCGUGCCAUCGUUUUCAGGCAACCCCCUUGGGCCCAGCAGCCCCUUGUGUUGUCUACCUGAUAACACUCCUGCAGGCAUACAGGGAGCCAGGCAAACCCAAUUUGGAUUAUCUUUAUCACAUCUCCACCUUAACAACAAGCUGCAGUCAGGGCUGUUUUCCUCCAGUUUCCAGCAGUUCAAUCAACAUUCUAGAAUUUCUAAUGGGAUCAUGACAGGCCGCACGAAUAGCAACGAUAGUGGCCUAUCUUGCUUGCUAACAAUGGGGAAUUCUAGUCCGAAAUUGGAGAAGUCGGAUAGUGUAAAGAAACACAAGUUUUUACUCUUUGGUCAACCUAUACUCACCGAGCAGCAAAUCUCUCAUGGCAAUUCCACUGUGACAGUCUCACAAGUUCUUAGUGGGAAAAAUUCAACAGACGAGAUUUCAGAAAGAGCCAAGUUUCUUUCUGAUGGCUCCGGAUCCACACUUGAGCAGCAGGUUUCAUCAGAAAAAUCAUCAAGUCCUGGGUUUUCAUGGAAUCAAGGUUUACAAGCGGCUGAAUUAGGACUUGAUACCGGUCAUUGCAAGGUAUUCAUGGAGUCGGAGGAUGUGGGGAGGACUCUUGACCUCUCUGUUUUGGGCUCUUAUGAAGAGCUAUAUAUGAGGUUGGCCAACAUGUUUGGAAUAGAAAGAUCAGAGAUGCUGAGCCACGUUCUUUACCGUGAUGCAAGCGGUGCUCUUAGACAAACAGGAGAUGAACCGUUCAGCGAUUUUAUGAAAACUGCAAAAAGGCUGACGAUUCUAACAGAUUCAGGCAGCAACAAUAUUGGAAGGACAUGGGUCACAGGGAUUCGGAAUGCUGAAAAUGGACUAGGUGCAUCAAGUAAGACUGGUCCUCUGAGCAUAUUUGCUUAGUCUUUAUGUAAGCACUCGAGGCUAGAUGUUGAGAGUAUUUUAAACUUUUGUUUGAAGGGUUUUAAUUUACUAGGGAAAACUGGAUAUUAACUCAAAAAGUCUUUGAUUCAUGACAUUUUGCUUUGGUACUCUUUUUCUUUUUUUUUUUUUUUUUUGGGUGUUUGUGGUGUAAGUAUAUAAUGCUUUAAAUGAACAUUGUUGCUUGCUAUUACGAUGAA